CCUUUGGGGAGUUGUAGUCCUCGUAGAUGCUGCUCCUGGGCUGCUGUAAUGGGGGAGCGCCUGCCCAUUGAACUACACAACCCAGUGCUCCCUACAAUCCCAGUGCAGCAAAGAACAAUGGCUGAAACCGAGCUGGGGAGCUCUGCCAAGGAUGCCCAGAGUGUUGAGACCGUAGCCGCCAGAUCCGACAGUGGCAGCAGCGAAAAAGCAUUGGACAGAUUAUUACCCCCUGUAACAUCUACUUUGUCAUCACGAAAGCGAACAACUAGCCAGUGCAAAUCUGAGCCACCACUUUUGAGAACAAGCACGCGAACAAUUUACACUGCAGGACGACCUCCUUGGUACAACGAACAUGGAACACCGUGCAAGGAAGCGUUUGUUAUUGGGUUAUGUGGUGGCAGUGCUUCAGGGAAAACUACUGUGGCCAGGAAGAUAAUAGAAGCUUUGGAUGUUCCCUGGGUUGUGCUUCUGUCAGUGGACUCCUUUUACAAGGUACUUACUGAACAGGAGCAAGAACAAGCUGCCAAGAAUGAAUAUAAUUUUGACCAUCCAGAUGCAUUUGACUUUGGUCUCAUUGUGUCCACUCUCAGGAAACUAAAACAAGGAAAAAGCGUAGCAAUCCCUAUAUAUGACUUUACAUCACACCGUAGAAAGAAAGAAUGGAAAACAUUAUAUGGAGCCAGUGUGAUAAUCUUCGAAGGUAUCAUGGCAUUUGCUGAUAAAGAAGUGUUGGAGCUACUGGACAUGAGGAUCUUCGUCGACACAGAUUCUGAUAUUCGAUUAGUACGACGCCUACGUAGAGAUAUUGCAGAGCGGGGCCGUGAUAUCGAAGGAGUCAUCAAACUGUACAACAAAUUUGUAAAGCCAUCCUUUGAACAGUACAUUGAACCAACAAUGCGACUGGCUGACAUAGUGGUUCCAAGAGGAGGAGGAAAUAUGGUUGCCAUUGAUCUAAUAGUCCAGCAUGUCCACAGUCAGCUAGAGGAGAGGAAACUGCGCUGGGAUAUGGCAACUUUGGCAUCUGCCCACCAAGCCCAACCAUUGCCAAAGACCUUGAGUGUGUUGGAGAACACUACGCAGGUACGAGGGAUGCACACGUUAAUUAGAAAUAAAGACACAAGUCGAGACGAGUUUAUAUUCUAUUCAAAGCGGUUGAUGAGACUACUGAUAGAGUAUACACUUUCAUUCUUGCCUUUUCGGACAUGUGUUGUCCAAACACUGGAGGGAGAGAACUAUGAAGGAAGAAGGUUUGCUGGAACAAGAAUAACAGGCGUAUCGAUUCUGAGGGCAGGGGAGACGAUGGAGCCGGCCUUGCGAGCAGUCUGUAAGGAUGUGACAGUUGGUAAAAUCCUAAUCCAGACUAACCAUGCUACAGGAGAACCAGAGCUUCAUUAUCUGAGACUGCCAACGGACAUCAGUGAGGACCAUGUCAUUUUAAUGGACUGUACAGUAUCCACAGGGGCUGCAGCUUUGAUGGCAAUCAGGGUGUUGCUGGAUCAUGAUGUACAAGAGGAUAAGAUCUUUCUCAUCUGCCUGCUGAUGGCAGAGAUGGGGGUGCACUCUGUGGCAUAUGCCUUUCCACAAGUAAAAAUCAUCACUACUGCUGUGGACAAAGAGGUCGACAAUUUGUUCCACAUCAUCCCUGGCAUAGGCAAUUUUGGAGAUCGUUACUUUGGAACUGAUGCCCCUACAGACUGAUGUAAAGAUGAUGACCAUGCAGUUUUGUGAUGCGCAUUUUUAGUUCUGCACUGACAGACGUUACAGACUUUCAUAGAUCACUGGAUGAAUUAAUGAGCUUCACACAAAGCGUCAGAUGCAGUGGGCACCUUAAUCUUAAUUUGCAGCCUGCAUUCUUUAAUCAUAAUGGACAAAACGUAACAUGGAUCUGAAAUUGGACAAGAAAAUCUCAGCCUUGCACAUAGCAGGGCUAACUCAUGAAAUUCACUUUGAUAUCUCCUUUCUUUAAAGUAACUCCUGUUAGCUCACUUCCCAAGUACAACAGGUUGGUAGGUGUGGCUCUAUUAGGUGACGGUAUCCCACAGAUAACUUAUAUGCAAAAGAAAAAUGUUUUCUUUAGGGGAGUGACUAUAUUUUUGUGCCUAUUGAGAAACAAUGAAAAAAUUAGAUUGCUGGAAAGUUCAUACUUUUUAUUGUUAGACUUUUAAUAACCUAAACUAUACUCAAUUUAAGAUAAAUGAAUAUAAGAUUGCACCCAAAUAUUUAAGCUCUGUACAGUAUUUUAUAAUUGUUUAAAAUCUUGAUCCAGGUCCAUAACAUAGAAAAUGUCGUCACGAGUUGGUUCUCCUUGUCAUUAAUUUAAUGUUAUGAUAUCAUAACUAAGUGCUUUUAAUCUGUCCUUUUUAUCAUGAAAUUAACGCUAACAUGAUUUCUGCAUUACACUUGUUCAUGAGCACUUUAGAAAAAGUUAAUUUGUGCAAUUUGUCAUUCCAAUGAAGCUAAUUAUUGAAUUUAAAUACAUUGUAAACCAAUUAUCACCUGAAAUAUUAAUUUAAAAUAGUAUCUUGACCCUGAUCAAGGCCUUUUGUGUGACAUUUGGAUGUAACUGUGAUAUUAGUAAUCUGAAAUCAUUGCUGUUAAAGAAUAUUGCCGUUAUGAUCUGGAAAUAUUCUAUUUUAAAAUAAAACCUUUAUAUUUUGA